AUGGAAGGAUCAGCCCCGAGUACCGAGCUCAUCGAACAGCAAGUGGAAUAUCUCGAGGGCUUGGUCACUUCUUCAUACGGUGCCUGGUUGGCAUUCCGGCAGCUGAACCCAGACUCUCACGACUACCACCGAAUCAGCCAAAGCAUCACGCGUCUCGACCCUUCGACAGGCGAAUCAAUCACUAUGCUCCUCCAAGCAGUCGAAGGAUUCCUCACUGCCCCACUUACCGAUCCCACUCGGUACCACCGCAGUGGCAGCGUGAUGACGUUCCAGAAGUUCCUCCUGACCGAGACGGGUCCUGGAGGUUUCUUGGAAGCUUUCAUACAUCAAAUUGCCGUGCAGGACGAGUACGUGCGCACGAGCAUCAUCGACAAGGUCAUGAUGCUUCCGGAAGGAACGGUCGAUACCCUGCUCGGAUGGAACAGGAAACAACGAUGGCAGUAUAUCACUCAUAAUCCGGAUAGCCAGUAUACCUGGAGCCUUGUCGAGCUGUCGCAAAUCGAGACUUGGAUCAUCAUGGGGGACGACUAUGAUACGGUGGCGGUCAAGAUGGGUGGGUCGCCUGGCACGGUGCAGGGUAGGUUGAACAGGCAAUGGAAGCGGAUACACCCGUCAAUCCUGGAGGGUGGUCAUCAGUCAUUCGCUCGACGGGGAUCUCGCCAGGCGGCGCAACUGUACCCGUUCAUACAUCCACCUACCACAUCGGAGGUCGAAGAGACCACGGAGCAGAUCUAUGGCGAACAAUUAUCUGCUCAGAUCGAAGGUCUCGGAGCUCCACAGGCAUCGGAUCUUGCAAGAGAGCUGAUGGACAACAGCCCAUACUUCGUCUUUUCCGCCAGCACGCUGGGCCUUCAGUAG